AUGGGGACAUUCAACUUGUGGACCGAUUACCUGGGUUUGGCCAAUCUGGUUGGGAGUCUGCGUGGAGAAGAAGAGCCGGAGGUCAGGCUAGAUGACCCCCAGCCCAAGGCAGCCCCAGCCUCCUCCAGCCCCGAGUGCCAGGAGCCCCCGGCCGGGCCUGCGCAGGCUGCCGAUCGCCUGUGUUCCUUCUGCAAACACAACGGCGAGUCGCGGGCCAUCUACCAGUCCCACGUGCUGAAGGACGAGGCCGGCCGGGUGCUGUGCCCCAUCCUGCGGGACUACGUGUGCCCGCAGUGUGGUGCCACGCAGGACCACGCCCACACCCGCCGCUUCUGCCCGCUCACCGGCCAGGGCUACACCUCGGUCUACAGCUACACCACCCGCAACUCAGCGGGCAAGAAGCUGGCCCGGCCGGACAAGGGGAAGGCUCAAGAUGCCGGCCACCGCCGAGGAGGAGGAGGAGGACCUGCUGCAGGUGUUCAGGGGAUUGGGUAA